UUGAAUUUAAUAAACGAGAUUCAAUAAAAAUAUGUUUACUUUAAAGCUCUUUUAUUUAUCUAAAGUCAUUCAUCCUAAGUUGCAGGGUUGUUAAAAUAUCAAAAUAUCAGCUCUUAGCAAUUACAAUUAUCCCGUCUGAAUAUUCAUGCCUCAAAUACAACUGCUCUUCUCUCCUUAUUGAAACUCUCAGCGCCGAACAUAGCCGAACACGUUUUCUUGUUUACACACUCGCGAUUGACAUUUUCCUUUUCUCUCUCAUUCCCGCUUCCACGAUCAUGGGUCAUAAGUUCAGUGCUUCUGGGGACGCGCAGUCCUGUUUUUUCGCGAUAAUUUCGUCUCUUUUGUGUGGCUGUUUGUGUGCAUGGGGUGAUUGGUCAGUAUAAUUGAAUAAUGCCGUCAUAAUUUCAGUGCUUCUGGGGACGCGCAGUCCUGUUUUUUCGCGAUAAUUUUCGUCUCUUUUGUGUGGCUGUUUGUGUGCAUGGGGUGAUUGGUCAGUAUAAUUGAAUACCAUACCAUACCAUACCAAUCAGCAUAGCGCACCAGGUACGCGUGCUGUAGCAAGAAGACGCUUCCAUCUUUCUCGAUCUUGAGCUGCUAUUCUCCAAUUUCCCAGGUUACAGAUCUUCCGGAUAUCACCAUUCACUUUAUCUCCCCACCGUGCGCGCGGUUUCCCUGCUCUUCUGCCUGUUCCGCCAGCUGGUUCAGCGCGGUCAAAAAGCAGUCUGACAGGCUGGCUCUCGUCCAUUCGGGCGACAUGGCCGGCCCACCUGAGCCUCCCCACAGAGUAAUCCAGAGGACGCAGUCCGAACUGGUAACACUGCUCUUUGAAUAAACUUGUUGUGCUUAGUGCCUCCUGAAACAACUGCUUGAUUCUACCUGAAAAUCGCCUCAGAACACCUGCAAUCACCGCUGAGUAUGCUGCCUGCAACCCGCUGUGCCUGUAGCCGCUGGAAAAUUGUAGCCGAGGUAACUGUAUAGUGAGAUCUGAGCCUGUGAAUUUCUAGUGUAAGCAUAGUUUAUUGAGCCGCCAUAACAGCGAAGGGCUGCCCACCCAAAUCUGGUGCUUUGUUGACAUCCGCUUCUGUCACUUCACCGCGCUACUGGCCUGCCAUAUAACUUGCUGAUACACAGAAAAAACAGCUCACUCACCUGUUCUGUUACCGAACCACCUCGCUGAAAACAAUAUUCAAAUGCUGUAAGCUGUUAACGAUGCUCUUAGCGCCACCCGCACAAAAGCCCACUUAAAAUCUCGCCGCACAUACCACGAACAAAUUGCAUCAAGCCCAAAGUUGUAACAGCCAAAUCAAGCGUGAAUAAAGAUUGCCGUUCUGCUGUUUGUUUUCAUUUGAAAACCGCCCGCCCGCCCUGCCCCUCCGCUGCCAGUCCGCCCCAGUUUUGUUGCUGCACGAUCUACUGCUGUUAUUCUUCGCUGUUGCUGCCUAUCGUACAUUUCUACGCAUUGUCCUGAGCCGUCCACGUACUCGUCAGAUUGCUUGAUGGUGUAAGUAGCAAAGUGCUGUCGGCGUUGUCUGUGUUGUUGGACAGAACAGUACAUGAGCUACCCCCUGUAUUAUUCGCUGGACAACUAGCGCCAUCUAUUGCCGAGCACUGCUAACAUGGAUUUAAAAACAUUAGCAGAGUUGCCAAAACUGAUUGAAACGAUGAAACAGGAAUCACUAAACUGUACGAAGGAACUAGUUUCUAGCCAACAAUUCCUGUCCAGCAAAUUUGAGGAAAUCGUGCAAAGCCUCAAGAUUCUGAGUGAUGAAGUACAACACCUACGCGCUGAGAACGAUCAACUGCGGUGCUCAAUCAAAACACUAUCGCUCAAUGCAAAAUCCAUAUCGAACGCAGUUCAGAACACUGAAAGGGACUUGGAGAGCCAAUGUAGAGCGCAGCUUGCUUCGAAUGCGAUAGUAGUUGGUUUGCCAAGAUGCCCACAAGAGGACACAGCUGACUUGGUGCUCAAACUCUGCGAUUCCAUCGGCUACAAACAUGCAAAGAAUGAGAUUGUAUCCUGUAAUCGAGUCGCCAAUCAGACAGCAGGCAGUUCACCAAUCAAGAUAACGUUCAAAAGCAAGUACGGCAAGGAGUGCUUAAUGGAGCACAAGAAAAACUAUGGACCAUUGAACAGCACUAUGAUCAAAGGGGCGGAAUGGCCACGAGGAAAAGCUGGCAAGGUGUUCAUACGUGACGACCUAACACCAAUCACGAUGAGACUUUUUCAGGAGCUGAAGGAGCUGCAAGGAACGUUGAAGUUACGCUACGUCUGGCCGGGUCGAGAUGGGGCAAUAAUGGUCAGGAAGUCUGACAACUCCAAAGCUAUUCCCAUACACUCGCGGCAGGAUUUACAUAAGUUGCAGACUUUUGGACAGAAUUGAUGACCAGCAUCCAGUCAGUCACAAGCAGCAAACCACAUAAUGGCCAUUGAACCGCAAUCAACCAAUCAGUAUGUAGAUGAACCAACUCUGCUACGCUUUCCCCUGAAUGAAACCAGCUUGAAAAUUAUCCAGAUCAACAUAAGAGGCCUCAACGACUUCGACAAACUCGACUCUCUCUGCAUAUUCCUGCGUAACCUGAAUACCUGUGUGGAUGUCAUCGUAGUUGGUGAAACGUGGAUAAAACAGGACCGCUCACAGUUCUAUAAUAUCCCAGGCUACAUAAGCAUCCAUUCAUGCCGAUCAAAGUCCUCCGGGGGUUUGGCCCUAUUUAUCAGAAAUGGUCUGAAUUACGAAGUCUGUAACAACAUUUCGGAUCGUGGACAUCACCGCGUUGCUGUCAAAAUCAAAAUGGGCAGGAUUUCUGUAUCUAUCAACGGCUUAUAUCGUCCUCCUGAUGGCGACACAGCACGACUACUGGCAACAAUUGAAGACAUCUUAUCAAACGCAGAAGGCUCAGAACACAACAUCCUAGCAGGUGAUAUUAACAUCCCUGUUAACAGACCGCUUGAUCGAGAUGUCCAAAGGUAUCUUCAGCUGCUGAAUUCAUUCAGCAUGGUAGUGACAAAUACCUUUGUCACUCGACCACUCAGCAACAACAUACUCGACCACGUGAUCAGCAGCGUAUCGGAUGCCCCAAGGAUAACCAACUUCACGAUGGAGUGUGAAUUAAGUGACCACAACUAUGUGCUUACGGAGUUGAAGCUGAGUAAUCGUCGGGAGAGCAAACAGCUCUCAAAAACGAGGGUGAACUACAAUGCCGUUGACUCCCAAUUCCACCAGUUCCUCGUUAGUGAAGAUUGGACCUCCCGACCAGUGAAUGCGAGACUGCAAGCCAUUACCGGUAAAUAUGCGAAGCUAGUUGAAGAAAAUUCCACAACUACAACCGUUGAAGUGAAGGUGAAGAACAACUGCUGUCCUUGGUACAAUUUUGAUAUCUGGAAACUUGGCAACAUAAGGGACAGUAUGCUAAAAAAGUGGAAACGUAACCGCCAGGAUGCAAGAACAACAGAGCUGUUGGCCCACGCUAACCGGAAACUUGCUGCUGCUAAAACAAAGGCCCGUAUUCAGUACCACUCCAAACUCUUCAACUCAGGUAACCCAAAGAUGGUGUGGAGCCGCAUCAACGAGCUGAUGGGUGGUAAGUCGAAACCAAACAGCCCCAUUUCCCUUGUGGUGAACCUCAAUGAAGAGCACGACCCAAUGAAAGUUGCAAAUGUACUCAAUGAACACUUUGUGUCAGUUGGUUGUGUGCUGGGCAACCAGUUGACUUCGAAUGGCGACGUCAACCACUUUGGAACUAUCAAUCGCUCUCAAAGAUCCUUUUUCCUUCGACCCUCAUCCUCACAAGAAGUCUUCGAAUGGAUCUUCACACUUGAUCCGAGCAAAGCCACGGGUUACGACCGUUUUCCGAUAGCCGCCCUCAAGAAGCAUAGUAUCCUGCUCUCAACCAUAAUAAGCGACUGUUUCAAUGAAAGUAUCAGCCAUGCAUCCUAUCCAACAUGUCUGAAAAAGGCAAUAGUUUUCCCUGUCUUCAAAUCUGGAAACCCCAAAGACCCCAACAACUACAGACCGAUCUCUGUAUUGCCAGCCAUAAACAAAAUUUUUGAAAAACUAAUCUUCACCCGACUGAAUGGUUUCCUGACAACAACAAAGCAGCUUUACCAACAUCAAUUUGGAUUCCGGCAAGGAUCGACAACAGAAGUGGCUGUUGUUGAGAUGAUUGAUGAGAUCUCCAAAACGCUGGAUCGCAAGCUCUCCGCCGGUGCUGUUUUUCUGGAUCUGUCCAAAGCAUUCGACACUAUCAACCAUGAAAUGCUGCUGAAAAAACUUGAUUGUUACGGAGUAAGAGGUCAUCCUAACUAUCUGUUGGCAAGCUACCUGAAAGAACGUGCCCAACAAGUUGUAGUGUCUGGCGUGCUCAGUGACGAAUGUGCGAUCAGUUGUGGGGUACCCCAAGGCAGCGUCUUAGGUCCAUUACUGUUUCUCCUGUAUGUCAACGAUCUAUCUAACCUAAAGCUACAUGGUAUGCCCCGCCUCUUUGCUGAUGAUACGGCAAUCUCCUACACCAGUGCUUCGCCUACACGUGUCGUCGAAGAAAUGCGAGAGGAUAUGGAGGUGGUCCAAGAUUACCUUACAAACAAUCUUUUAGCCCUGAACAUCGGUAAGACAAAAUUUAUGCUGUUUCGCUUUCCCAAAAGGAAAUUGCCAACAUAUCCGGAGCUAACAGUACGAGGAGAACGAAUCGAGGAAGUAGCCACCUUUAAGUACCUUGGAGUGCAUAUCGAUAACCGAUUGUCUUGGAGUGAACACGUUGAAAAGGUUGCCACAAAGUGCUCUGCACUCAGUGGAGUUCUGAGGAAGUUGUCUAAGUCUGUACCACAACAUGUGUUGCUAAAAAUGUACCAUGCGUUCAUCCAAAGCCGUUAUCAAUAUGCAAUUGCCGCUUGGGGAACCUGCUGCAAAACACAUUUGAAAGUACUACAAGUCCAACAAAAUCGUUGCAUCAAAUCAAUCUACAAAUUACACUACCUGCAUCCAACACGUGAGCUGUAUACUAUGCCGCAGCACAACAUACUCCCGAUAAAUGGUCUGUACACGCAACGGAUCGCUACGGUCAUGUUUAAGGCUGUGAAAAACUUAAACCUGCACCACAACUGGCAGUUUAGGACAGCUGAACAUCGGUAUCCUAUAAGAACAGCGCAUCACCUACGACAGUCUGACUUCAGGACGGAAACCGGCAGGAAAAGAUUCUUAACAAGAGGUCCUCAUAUCUAUAACAAUUUGCCGGAAGAUUUAAAACAGUCGCAAACCCUGAGUGAGUUCAAAAAGAAGCUAGUGAGUCACAUUCGUAGCCAUUUAGAGAGUUACAUUGUACGUUAGAAAAUGUCAGUGUAGUAAUUAGUAACUUAACUGUAUGUCUUGAAUUUCUUCUAAAUAUCUGCUAGUUUUACCAGUUUUAAUCACAACCCUUUCAAGGAACACACUGUGUUCAUUAGGGAAGUGAUUGUUGUAAUGUAAAAGUUUUUUGAAUAAAGUCAUUAUUCAGCAAAAAAAAAAAAAAAAAAAAAAAAAAAAAAAAAAAAAAAAAAAAAAAAAAAAAAAAAAAAAAAAAAAAAAAAAAAAAAAAAAAAAAAAAAAAAAAAAAAAAAAAAAAAAAAAAAAAAAAAAAAAAAAAAAGUCAUCGAAUUUUGUGGCUGCGUUACGAGCUUACCCUUUGGUAUCGUAGCUGCGUUAUGCGUUUCCUGAUGAAUAUUUUCAUCAUAGUAAACUCAGGUUUUUUUUUCGAUUUGUUUGUUUUGACAAGUGCUGAGCUUGGAAUGACAUGGAUUUUGAAAUUGUCAAUGUUUCUUUAGAACAUUUAACCUGGGGAGCUGUAAACUUCUAGCAACUGUUAGAAGACGACCACCUCAAGUGAAGUUUUUGGGAUCUUCGUGAUGAACCUUUUAAUCAGAGCCGUACGCCCAAGGGGUCAUUUAAUCCUCCUCAUAACGCUGAUGUUUACAAUGAAUCAACAUCCCCGUUGGACCAGCUCAGCUGAACCAAAAUAGUCGACUAAAAUUGUGCUAGGACUGUUGGAUGUUGCUUCCAUCCUGACAGCACAGGGCCUAUUCGUACUUCAACCAGGUGGCCAUGAACGCCAACGGUGGAAUCUGCAGGCACUGGGUCAAUGCUUCAAUUCAGCCCAGUAUGAGGAUUAUAAACUAAAGUAUAUUAAAAGCAAAAAGCUUCCAUCGAUACAUAUAUUUCUUGUAUGGUCCGUUACUCCCCAAAGGAAUUAAUUAGAAAUAUUAAAUAGGUAAAUUCGACAAUCUGCUCUUUUUCUCCUCGACAAAGGGUUCGGUCAAAACGGUAAACUGUAUGUUCCGACUUCAACGCACUGGAGAACCGCAACAGCUCCAGAAAUCUUCUUCAAAUGGCGCGCUGAAAUUUUCCGCAUGCAUUCUUUUUGAUUCAUUUUAAAGCCAUCAGAAAAUUCACAUUGUUGAUUUUGGAAUUGUGAAAAAAAUUGACAGCUUAUAGAAAAGUCAUCAGAACCUAAGACAAAACCUAAGAGCUCUUAGAUCUGAACGCUUGAAAAAAGUAACGCUCAAAUGUCAGUUUGCCUCGUGCGUUACGACAACCGAAAGUUUUGCUGAAGGGGGGAUGUACCACGAUGUACCGCGUAACGCAACCAUAAAUCAAAUGCCAGUGCUCCCUCUGGAUUACUCUGUGGCCUCCCGAUCUUCGCCUGGGUGGCGAUGCACUAUGGGCCAUCUCCAUACAAACAGGCGGCCAAAUUAUUUUUUUGCUUUUUAAAUGUUUUUUCAUACAAAUUUGGGUAAUUGUAUGGUAUUGAAAUGAUAUACGUAGAUUUUUAUGACUUUUCAUGUUUUUCAAUAGUUGAUUGUUUAUAAUAAAUAGUCCUUUCAUACAUUUGCAAGUGCAACAGAAUUGCGUAUAUAUUGUAUUGCAAGUUUAAAUUAUUAAAUUAUGUAUAAGCUAAUACCACUGACGAACUGACGUGCCACCCCGAAUCCAAACUUGACCGCACUUUCCUAUCUUCCUUCUCACUCACCCUCAGCGAUCGGCGAUUGCCAAACAGACGAUUUGACAGAUGCGCAGCUGCACUGCCCUGUCGAAAAAACACCCUACUGUUCCAAAAAUAUAAUCGGGUUUAGUCGGAUGCAUCGACUGACGAAAUAACCGACUAAUCGGCCGAUGUUGCAACAUACGCUUAUGGAAAUUUAACCCAGACGUAAGCCGACGAAUCGGUAUUCGCAAUCAGCCAACUCGACCAUACGAAGUUGGCCGAUUAGUAGGUUGAUUAAAAUCACUGUCCCCGGAGAAAUCCGGGAACCUGCGUCUUAAUGGAACCGGCGUAUGAAUUAGCUGCCAAAAAGUAAUGGAUUACAUACCCACAACGUUUCGGCUGCUAGUUUAAUCACCUAAAAAUAAAUUUACGAAUUAGAAAUAAUUGUCUAUUUUUUAGAACUUCCGGACAAAGUUCCAAAUGUUCUGUGAUUAAAAUUUAUUAGAUAUUUCAUAAUAAAAACUUACCCCAAAAGAUUUAAGUAAAUACACCGAUGGUCAAUUGAAGCGCCGGGCCUUCUGCUGGGACCGCUACCUAAAACUAUGUUUUGGUUCAUUACCUUGAAAACAUUUAAAAACAAACAAACACUUGAAACAAUAAACUUGCCUAUUAUUCUUAAAAAUGAUUAUUGAAACACUUAGAAAAUACUUACCAAACUUUGUACAAGCUACUUUUUGCUACAACAUUGAAAAUUGCAGAAAUUCCGGUUCAAAUUAACGCAGACAAUAAUUUACCUAAGUCCAUUUUGUAAACAACACUAAAACGUAUUUCAUUGACCGAUUCCUUGGCCAACUUAGUGUGUUUCCGUGCAUGCCCGACUUAAACCAAUCUAAUUUGCCGAUUAAUAGAUCGACUGAAACGUUGGCAUCGACGCAUGCCAACUUAGUAGGUUUACAGGUCGGUCGUUUUAGAAGACACCCGAUUUCGUUGGCUGAUUGCUCAGAUUGAGAACUGUUAAACUUUCUACAGGGUGGCUGAGAAACUUUCAGGAACAACAAAAGAAAAUGGGGGAAAACAUAUUGAAGCCUAAAAACUAUUGCAAAUUCUGAACUAAACGAUGAAUAUUUUGUAAAUCUUGCAUUAUUUAAUGUGAAAUGAGGCAAGGAAUUGCUAUAAACUUCCAAAUUAGGCUUUUCUUCAGACUUUACGAUACAUUUCCAUUCCAACUCUUAUCCGCCAUUUUCACUUGUUGUUCCAGAAUCCAUCACAGCAAGGAAACAGCUGAUGUGGCAAAACGUCAAACUUGAAUUCUGACAAUCGCCGAAGAAGAGAAUAGUAGAAGGAAAAAGAAACAGUGUGCCGUCAAAAAUGAUCGACAAAUUUGUUCCUGGUGGCACGUCAGUUCGUCAGUGCUAAUACAUCCCCACUUUAAGGACACAAACCCCGUCCCCUCUUUCUUUCACCCCCCCCCUUCCCCCCUCCCCUCCAACAAAAUUUUGUUAAGCGUAAUAAAAUCAUUUUAAGUCAAAUAUUUAUUAUUUACUGCUGUGUGUUUCUUUUUGUGAGUCCAUGCCAUAUAACUUGAGACCCCUCCCCCACCCUUACGGGCAUAAAUUGCGAAAAUUUUAAUUGUUGAAUCAAAUAACAGAAAAAUUAAUUUUAUUCAAAAUAUUAAUUAUGAAGUAAAACGAUAAAAUACAAAACAUAUUCUUACUAAUCCUAAUGUUCUUGCUCGUGAAAAUUCAUUUGAAUAUAGAGUUUCUGACGGCUUCAGGAUGCGUUAGACUGGUUGCAACGCGAAGUUUUAUUAUUGUUUCAAAUUGCGAGCAGUUUUAAAUUUUUAGAACUGGCGGAAAUGAAACUAGAACACGAUGCUCGCAAUGCGCUGCUUCAAAUCUCGUUUCAAAUAAAUAUUUGAAAGUGUGUGUGUGUGUGUGUGUGAGGAUACGACAUCAAUCAAAAACUCAGUUGUCAAGCCUAAUUACGAGCAGUACCUACGUGAAAGACGAGAAGACGCUGAAAUUAAAAUGUUUUGUGACUUUGUGCUUGAAGAUUUGAUCGAUGAUUCGGAAAUGGAUGUGGCGUUGUUGGAAUUAGAAGGUAAAAAUGACUUUUAUUUGGAAGUUAGCUCAACUUAUGUGAAAUCAAGUGAAAGUGUGUGCCUAUGUAGGACAGCAACAAAAAGUAUCUUCAGUGGGGAUGAUAUUGGGUGGGGAUAGAGAUUAAGUCAAAUUUCUCAGAUUUUAUAUUUUUACGUCUAUUACAGGGGAGGCAUUUACACGCAAUCAUCGAGGAAAACGUAGCUUUGUCCGGAGAAAUUUUGUAGAAGAACAUCAAAAACUGAUGGAGGACUAUUUUGUCCUAAAUCCUAGAUAUGAUGAUACGAAAUUUGUGCGUCGAUUCCGGAUGUCGAAGGAAAUGUUCUUGAAGAUAGUCGACGAUCUGCAGGACGACGAAUUCUUCAAACAAAAAGUAGAUGCUCUAGGGAAAUCCGGAUUAAGCACAAUACAAAAAUGCACCGCAGCCGUAAGACUUCUCGCUUACGGUAUAUCUGCAGAUGCGGUGGACGAAUACAUUAAAAUUGGCGAGUCCACGGCUUUAUUUUAUCUCAAAAAGUUUUGCUCGGCAAUUACAAAUCUUUACGGAGAACAUUUUCUUCGGUAUCCGAAUCAGGAAGACAUAACAAGGCUGUUGAAUGAAAAUGCAAAUCGUGGCUUCCCAGGCAUGCUCGGGAGCAUCGAUUGCAUGCAUUGGUAAUGGGCGAAUUGCCCUACUGCGUAUAAAGGGCAGUACACUGGCAAAGAUGGGAAAGCCACUCUUGUACUAGAAGCCGUCGCAUCGUACGACACCCAUAUUUGGCAUAGCUUUUUUGGCUGUCCUGGAAGUUUAAAUGAUUUGAACAUUCUCGAUCGUUCGCCGUUGGU